AGAAAAAGAGUGAACUGAAGACUAAAACGUGUUCGCCGAGAAUUUAAUAAUUAUUACUACUUAUAAUAUAAUAAAACUAACGUUCUAGUUUGCAAUAAGUGAAGCCUAUUGCGGUUAUUGUGAAUCUUACAUCUAAUAGUACGGUGGUAAUCCUUACAAACUAAUAGUACGGAUAGUGAGCGUAGCUGCUGUUCUGGAAACAAAAAGAAAAGAGUGCCUUAAGCGUCUAAUAUAAAAAAUAAGUACCAAACACACAAGAAACAGUAUUCCCACAUCCGAUCCUGUAACGAUACACUGAAGGGACACUAAACGAAUUUUUUAACGCUAGUUGUAAUACACGUUAUAAAAUCGGAAAACCGUCUAUCUUUUCGUUGCAUCUUGCAACAUUUUAAAAAAUUCGUUUAUGGUGAUCGGGGAAGCUGGAAUUAUGGCGCCAAAGAAGCCAAGUGUGAGUUGUGGUAUGUGCCGGGAUCCGGACGAUAGUCGGAUGGUUAGCUGCGACGAUUGUGGAUCGUGGUUCCAUUUCAAGUGCGUGGGUGUGAAUGAAGACAUCGAGGAGGUAGAUUGGAGUUGUUCAGCGUGCGUGGCAAAACGGACAGAUCAAAUCUCAUCGGUCAACAUCAAUCCUGCAGGAAAUGGAACGGGUCCAAAAUUGACGGGCGAACAAGAGCAAGCUAAACAACUCAGCGAAUUCCAGAAGAAGUUGGACCAGAUGCAGGCAAAGUUUGAAGAACAGCAGCGUACGUACCAGGCGCUGCUUACAGAAAAGGAUCGUCAGUUGGAGUCUGUGGUGACAGAUCUCAAGAUCCAGUUUGAUCGUCGUAUGGAAGCCAGAGAGAGAGAAAUUCGCGAGGAGUUGAGCAUUCAGACCGCUCCACCGUCUGCAAAUUCGACGACUGUAGGAGGAACGAACAACCGGUCAUCGAAUGAAGUGAAAAUGGCGAUGGAGAAAAUGGAAAAGCAGCUCGCGGAGAUGUCGAAGAAGCAGGAUCAGCAAACGAGGACUCUUGAGGAGCGAAUUCGGGCGAUGGAAAUCAACAGAAGUCGAUCCAACGUAUCCGAUUCCGAUCCCAACGAGCUCAGCCGAAGUCAACUGGCCGCGCGGCACGCAGUGACGAAGGAGCUGCCUACGUUUUCGGGCAAUCCGGAAGAGUGGCCUCUUUUUAUUUCGACGUACGAAAGCAGUACCAGGAUGUGCGGUUUCAGCGACGAAGAAAACCUUCUUCGACUCCAGCGUAGCCUGAAGGGGAGAGCCCUCGAGACCGUUCGAAGCCGGUUACUGCAUCCAGCGGGACUUGCAGGUGUCAUUAGGACGUUAAAAACGCUGUACGGGCGGCCUGAAGUUAUCGUCCACUCGCUAGUCUGCAAGAUUCGGGAAAUGCCAUCGCCGAAGACGGAGAAGUUAGGAACUCUGAUCGAUUUCGGUGUUGCAGUCCAGAACAUGUGUGCGACGAUCGUGGCAAGUGGACUAAACGAGCACUUGUGCAACGUGGCACUUCUUCAAGAGCUCGUCGAAAGACUACCAUCAACCGUGAAGCUCGACUGGGCGAAACAUCGUUCAACGUUACAGGCGGUGACACUCGAUGACUUCAGCAAAUGGUUGGAGAUACUCGUGGAAGCGGCAUGCGUGGUAACGAUUCCAUCAACGAUCAGUGCGUACGCUAGCAAGCCUGAGAAGCGUAUACGGAAGGAGGAAGUUCAUGUUCACCUCCAAUCCAGCUCCAGUCAAGCGGCGGCAGGAUCGACGGCCUCUACGACGUACCCCAGAAAUACAACGAAGCCAGCAGCGUCGAAACAGUGUGUCAUUUGCCAAGGAGGAUGUAGCAGUGUGGGAUCAUGCAGGAGGUUUCAAGACCUGGAUAUCGGGGCAAGAUGGGCAGCGCAGAAGCAGAACAAGUUGUGCCGGAAGUGUCUGGCGAAGCAUUUCGGAGCGUGCGCAGUGAAGCAAGCUUGCGGAAGAAACGGCUGUUCAUACAUGCAUCAUGAGCUGCUACAUGAUGAUUCCAGAUACCAGCGAGCAGAAAAUUCCUCAACGGUGAAUUCCCAAGGCGCGGCAGAAACACCUGUCGAACAGUGCAAUACUCACGUCAGUUACGCCAGCAAGAUUCUCUUCCGCUACGUUCCAGUCAUCCUACACGGACGAGGCAAGCUCGUUCGCACUGUCGCAUUUUUGGACGAAGGCUCAUCGGCGACGCUGAUGGAGCACAGCUUACUAGACGAGUUGGAGCUGGACGGAGAGUCGUAUCCGUUGUGCCUAGGCUGGACGGGAGAUCAUCAACGACAGGAGAUGAAGUCCGUGAUGUUACCUCUGGACAUUUCCGGAACGCGCGGUGGAGAGAAAUACCGACUGUCGAAAGUCCACACGGUGGAGAAUCUGUCGCUACCACAGCAGACGUUGAAGAUGGCAAAGCUAGCAUCCGAGUAUGAGCACUUGGACGGCGUAUCAGCGGAUUCUUAUCACAACGUUCGGCCGCGGAUACUCAUCGGUAUAGAUAACUGCCGUUUGGGUCAGGCGUUGGACAGCAGGGAAGGUAGCAAAGACGAACCGAUUGCCGCUAGAACACGCCUAGGAUGGAUAGUGUUCGGACCAUGCUCUACGACAUCUCAUUCGACGACGAACUUCACAGCGCACCACAGUAUUCACGUGUGUCCGUGCUGCGAGCAAAGUGACGCGGAUCUUCACAACAUGGUGAAAACGUACAUGUCCCUAGACAGCACGGGAGUAAUGAGUUCCGUUAAACCUCUCUUAUCGAAGGACGACGAGCGAGCGGAGCAGUUGCUGAAAUCGUUGACGCGUGUGAAAGGCAAGCGAAUGGAAACCGGACUGCUUUGGCGGUGUGACGAUGUUCGACUGCCGGACAGCAAACCGAUGGCGAUGAGACGGCUGAUCUGUUUGGAGAAGCGAAUGCAGCGGGAUCCGGCGUUGGCUGAAGCGGUGAAGGAGAAGAUUCGGGAUUACGAACGAGCCGGGUACAUCGAGAAGCUGACGAAGAACCAGUUAGCCGAGAAAUUCGAUCGGGUUUGGUAUCUCCCAAUCUUUCCGGUUGUCAACCCAAAUAAACCGAAGAAAAUGCGCUUGGUUUGGGACGCAGCAGCUAAAGUCUUAGGACUCUGCCUGAAUUCAUUUCUAUUAACGGGACCUGAUCAUCUCACCUCUUUGGUCUUCGUUCUACAACGUUUCCGGGAGUUCCGUAUAGCCAUCACCGGCGACAUUCGGGAGAUGUUUCUGCAGAUCUUGAUGAACUGGCUCGAUCAACAGUGCUUGAGAUUCCUAUGGCGGGACGGCGAGCAAGAUCGCAGCCCAGACGUCUACGUUACGAAAGUGAUGACCUUCGGAGCGACGUGUUCACCAAGUACUGCGCAGUACGUGAAGAACUACAACGCGGAGCGGUUCCAGGAUGAGUUUCCACGAGCGGUAGAAGCAAUCGUGAAGGAGCACUACGUCGACGAUAUGCUGUCAAGCGUAGAGACGGAAGAGGAGGCGAUAAAGUUGGCGAAAGAUGUCCGGCACGUCCACGCGGAAGCGGGCUUUGAGAUCCGGAACUGGCUAUCAAAUUCGAAUCGAGUGCUGCAGGAGUUGGAAGCGAGUCCCGGGGAGAAGAGUUUGAAUCUUUCGGGCGAGAUGGCGACGGAGAAGGUUCUUGGCAUGUGGUGGUGUACAGCGACUGAUACGUUUACCUACAAAAUUCCUCCGAGAGUCAACGCCGAGCUGCUGCAAGGUGACAUCGUUCCAACGAAAAGGCAGAUCUUAAGCACGCUGAUGACCAUCUACGAUCCGCUGGGACUACUGGCGCACUUCUUAAUGUUCCUGAAGAUACUGUUGCAGGAGAUUUGGCGAAGUGUUGUAGGCUGGGACGAGUCCAUCAAAAGUGAGCAGAUCGAGAAAUGGCAGACCUGGUUGCGCGUCCUCCCGCAAGUGGAAUCGGUCAGCGUGCCAAGGUGUUACCGAUCGAAGACGAGCAUAAGCGAUCGGAAUUCGAUUCAGCUGCAUGUGUUUGUGGAUGCGUCGGAGAACGGCUUCGCUGCAGUCGCCUAUCUGCGGUUCGAAGAGGAUGGAGAGGUUGAGUGUGCGCUCAUCCGUGCGAAGACUAGAGUAGCUCCACUGCGAUUCGUGUCGAUUCCCAGACUAGAACUACAGGCAGCAGUCAUCGGUGCCCGUCUAGCGAACGACGCCAUGGAGACACACAAGCUGAAGCCUACGCAAAGAUUCUUCUGGACGGAUUCACGCAACGUCCUCAGUUGGCUGAAUUCCGAUCACCGGAAAUAUCAUCAGUUUGUUGCGGUACGGAUCAGUGAAAUGUUGGAGUUGACGGAAUCAUCGGAAUGGAACUGGAUUCCGACGAAGCUGAACGUCGCUGACGAUGCAACAAAGUGGCAGAAUCUCCCGGAUCUUUCUCCUAGCAGUCGAUGGUUCCGUGCUCCGGAGUUCCUGUGGGGACCGAAAGAGGGAUGGCCAGUCAUCGAGACCAAGUUCGAGCAUACAGCAGAGGAGAUACGGGCGCAUGUGCAGCACCAUUCCGUCGAACGCGCUCUAUUCCGGUGGGAAGAUUUUUCGAGAUGGAACCGUCUUCUUCGACACGUUGCCUUCAUUCAACGAUUUCCGUCGAAUCUACGUCGGGGGCGGUCGAAGGAGCCCAUCAUUACUGGACCGCUAACGCAAGAGGAGCUGAGAAAAGCGGAGAUGUUCAUCCUCAUAUCGGUGCAAGAUGCUGAGUUCGCCGAGGAGAAAGCUCUGCUGCAGAAGCCGAAGCCGGUGUCGUGGAAGAACGUGUUGCCGAAGCGUAGCUCGCUGUACAAGCUGAGUCCGUUCCUAGCCGAAGAUGGUUUGCUGCGAAUGAAUGGUCGGAUCGACGAAUGUGCGCAUGUGGAGGAAUGCACGAAGCAUCCGAUACUGCUUCCGAAGCGACAUCUGGUUACGGACCUUAUCAUAGCCAGCGUUCAUCAAAAGUUCUGCCACAUGAAUCACCAGUCAACGCUCAACGAAAUCCGCCGCAGAUUCUACGUUCCGGCAUUGAAAUCGGUCUAUAACCGUGUCCGUGACCGAUGCCAGCACUGCAAGAUUCUUCGAGCGAAACCAGAAGCCCCCGAGAUGUCUGGCCUAUCGGUUGGACGCCUACAGCCAUUUUGCCGUCCAUUUUCCUACGUUGGUAUCGACUACUUCGGACCGAUGCACGUAGUUAUCGGUAGGAGGACCGAGAAACGAUGGGGUGUACUCAUAACCUGUCUAACUGUGCGAGCAGUACACCUCGAAGUCGCACACAGCCUCACCACCGACUCAUGCAUUCUCGCCAUACGAAACUUCAUCGCCAGGAGAGGUGCCCCGGUUCAGAUCAUCAGCGAUCGAGGCACCAACUUCAUCGGAGCCAGCCGCGAACUGAAGGAAGCCCUGCAGCAAGUGAACCAGGACAAGUUGAUGGAACACUUCGUCACCACUGAUACGAAAUGGACGUUCAACCCUCCGGCGUCACCACACUUCGGCGGAGCCUGGGAACGCCUAGUUCAGUCCGUGAAGAAAUCCCUCAAGCACCUACAACUCACACGCACACCCACAGACGAGAUAUUACGGAACACGCUUACGGAGAUCGAGCUUACCGUUAAUUCUCGACCACUAACCGAACUACCGCUAGACGACGAGCUAUCGCAAGCGCUCACUCCGAAUCACCUUUUGAUCGGGUCGUCAGACGGUUCAAAGCCCCCGAUCGCAUAUGACGACAGCAGCUACGCUCUGAAGCACACCUGGAGAAUGUCGCAGGUCUACGCCAACCGGUUCUGGCGGCGUUGGGUAGAGGAAUACCUGCCCACACUCACACGAAGGACAAAAUGGUUUAACCGUGCCAAGCCGAUUGAGGAAGGAGACAUCGUUAUCAUCGUGGACGAGACACUGCCAAGGAACUGCUGGCCGAAAGGUCGGGUGGUACAUGCAAUCCGGUCCAAGGAUGGACAGGUUCGUCGUGCACUGGUGCAGACUUCAACUGGAGUUCUUGAGAGACCAGCCGUGAAGAUCGCGGUGUUGGACGUCGGUGCAAACGUGAGUACUUCGGAGCAGUAACCUCGAAGUACUGCGGGGGAGUGUCGCAACCAUGUUUUUUCGCACUGGGUCGCGCCGCACCAACACACUCAACCACAGCGACGGUAGGUACCGCUGUAUCACACAUUGUCCGGACGAAACGUCAGUGAUAGCGGAGAGAAAAAGAGUGAACUGAAGACUAAAACGUGUUCGCCGAGAAUUUAAUAAUUAUUACUACUUAUAAUAUAAUAAAACUAACGUUCUAGUUUGCAAUAAGUGAAGCCUAUUGCGGUUAUUGUGAAUCUUACAUCUAAUAGUACGGUGGUAAUCCUUACAAACUAAUAGUACGGAUAGUGAGCGUAGCUGCUGUUCUGGAAACAAAAAGAAAAGAGUGCCUUAAGCGUCUAAUAUAAAAAAUAAGUACCAAACACACAAGAAACAGUAUUCCCACAUCCGAUCCUGUAACGAUACACUGAAGGGACACUAAACGAAUUUUUUAACGCUAGUUGUAAUACACGUUAUAAAAUCGGAAAACCGUCUAUCUUUUCGUUGCAUCUUGCAACAA